UGGCGACUUCCUUGUUUGUCUUAUUUCCUGAAACUUUCAGAAAAGCGCUUUUCAGAGUGCUGCAACAGAAACAGGUCCUUUGGUUGUUGGAUGGGUGUUGUUGCUGUGUCGUGCCCACGAUUAAAUGGCAGGAUGAGUUGUCUGAUUUAAAAUAGUCCAAAUGUCUUAUGAUACGUUUUAGAGAUGUGACCCUCCAAAGGAAGCGUUCACAACGAGCAUCCAAAAAUGGCUUCGUCGAAUGCAAACACCCAGAACUUUGAGGACUGGAUGUCAAAUCUCCCUGAAACAUUAUGGAACAUUCCACUGUACAACCUUGCCAUUCCAGACACACUUUCAAAUUAAAACGAGGCUUGAGACGCUUCCAAGUGAGAAUCGACGGUGGCAUUACAUUGCUAAGUACCAAAGCGCACAUGCUGUCAGAAUAUCCAAAGGCAGUCAUGACACUAUGACUUACUGCCUUGACAUCAGUUCCCCUCUGGUCCAAUCUGAGUCUGACACCUUCAGACUGGUGGAUGGACUCUUUUACUGCCUUACCCGACCUGCCAUUUACAGAUGGGCAACAACACAGGAGAGGAGUAUUGUGGAACAGAUGAAGGCAGGCAUUCGAUAUUUCGACCUCCGCAUUGCUCACAAACCAAGCGACACCUCUGAUGAUCUUUACUUCACACAUGUCAUCUUCACGUUUUCCACUGUAGUGGAAGCGCUGGAGGACAUUGCCAGGUGGCUUGACUGUCAUCCUAAGGAGGUUGUCAUUUUAGCCUGCCGUGAGUUUGAAGGCCUAAGUGAAAAGCUUCAUGAGAAAUUCAUUUUUUCUUUGAAGAAGAUUUUUGGAUCUAAACUAUGUCCUCAAAAGAGUUCUGACCUGACCCUGCAGGGACUAUGGGCUUCAGGGCAACAGGUGAUCCUGUCCUAUGAACAUCAGACGGUACUGAGACAUCCGGAACUUUGGCCAGACAUUCCUUAUUGGUGGGCUAACCAGCGCACUGCAUCAGGAGUGAUCCACUACCUGGACUGGCAGAAAGAGAUUGGGCGCCCAGCGGGCUUCUUUGUGUCAGGACUGAACCUGACAGCUGACAGGCGCUACAUCACGUUCCAUCCCUGCGAGUCCCUCCGUACGCUGACCCAGAAGAACCAGGAAUGCCUCAUGGACUGGCUCCGGGACCAGCAUCCUGGGUCACGCCCCGACAGUCUCAACAUAAUCGCUGGAGACUUUGUUGGCUCUGUCCACUUCUGUCCCCUUGUCAUCGCCCUCAAUGAGAAGCUUGUCCAGGUGAAGGAUGGAGGAUACAUCUGAAAACAGAGCCUUGGACCUUUCAUUCUACUUCUGGACCUAAGGGCCAUAUUUUCAAAAGAGAUGGUCUAAUUGCUAGUUUUGUGCACAAAUAAGAAAUACAAGUGUAAGGAAGGAAUCUGUAUAUUUCACUUGUUAAUGUUUACAUACUUUUUACCAUAUGCUUAUGUAUUAUUAUUUCUACAUUUACGUAGAACACAUUUGUCAAGUUAAGCUCUAGGAUAUUUGGGUGAAGUGGGUUAUUCGGUGUUUACAUAUUUUCAGGUGACAAGGGCAAACUUACUGAAUUUCACUGUGUACCAAUGAGAUGUGUCAAUGAGGUUUAGCAGCAAAAUCAAUUUAAGUGAAAACACAGAGCCCUUGGGUUUUAUGUGUGUUCAAAAAGUAAUUGUUUACAUAGAGUGCAGUGUGUGGCAAUGUAUUUACAGAGUGAUCUAAACUUGUAAUAUGUCCUUACACUGCAGUAUAAAAUUAUUAAGGGACAAAUAAUGGCCCUGUUAAUAGUUGUGUUGGCAUCUCUCCCAGAGUAAUGGCAAAACCUUCAUUUCACCUCUAGCUGGCAUUAAUAAGAGGAUUCCCCUAAGUACUCAAUGCCCCAAACAGCCCCUGACCUUACAUGUUUCAACAAAUUAGGUUCUAACCAUACCUCUGACGCAUCUCAAGGAGCCUUAAGG